UUUAAGAUUUUAGUUUAUAAAGAGAUUUAUUAUUUAAACAAUUUAUAAUAUCUUUUUGUAUUAGUUUUCAUAUAAUAAUAUUAUGUUUUUAGUUAAAUUUUUGUUAUAUAAUCUGCAAUUUGUAAGCUUAUGCAUUACGCUCUAAUCACCCCUUCAUAACUGAAUACUUAUAAUUUUAAAAAUAAUAUAUGAAAUAAUUACUUUAUUGAAAAAAAAUAUAAAACAUGAUCCGUUAGGAAUGGAUUUAAUUAGUCAUUAUCGAAGAAAUAAUAUUUUAUGCAAGUGGGAUCUAUAUGGCAUUGAAUUAUGCAAGUGGAUCUAUAUGAAUUUAAUUAGUUAUUUUUCGAAGAAAUAAUAUCUAAACUAACUCUAAUAAAUUAUUUUUGUAUAUAUAUAGAUUUUUAUUAUCUCUUCAUAGUAAAAAUACUUUAUUAGUAAAAAAAUGACAAUUACGAAGAUGCUCAUGAUGUUAGUGGUGAUUGCAACUUUAUUUUGCAACCACCACCAAGUGAUCGUGGCGAAAAAAGUCGCCCUGGUUGAUGAGGGAAGUGAGUCACUAAGCUCAUUCCCAUUUGAUUUUCUAUGUCAAUAUUUGUCGUGGUCGUAUCCAUGGCCACAAUCAUGCCAUCCUUUCAGACCAAGGCCACGGCCACGACCACGACCGCAACCGCGACCACAACCACGACCACAACCAUUCUCACCACCACCUCCACCACGGAGAUCACCAUCACCUCCACCACCGAGAUCGCCACCACCUCCACCACCAAGAUUACCACCACCGCCCGCCCCGACAAUGACUUGCUCGGCUAGUGACCAACAACAAGUGAAGACAUGCAUGUACGAGACAACUUCGAUCGACGCGUGCCCUAUAUUCAAAAAGAUACUUGGAACUAGUUGUCCUUGCUAUAAAUAUGCUAAUGAUUUGGACAAUCAAAUCUUGAUCACUCUUGAAGCUUAUUGUGAUGUUAGUACCCCAUGUAAGGGUGUGCAAGUGAUUAAGCUAUUCAACGAUGAGCAAAGAUGAAGUUUGUGAUGCUUAAUUAUUUUGUGUUUAGAUUAUUUUAAUUUCUUUAUUAUGUUGAAAAGUCUCAAGCUAAUUAAUAAUUAAUAACUAUGUUAUAAGACUUUUAAUUCCUAGGGGUACUUUUGUAAUUGCGCAAGCAAUUUUAGUAGUAUUAAUAAAGAUGUUUUUGUAUUGUUAUCCAUUUGUAUUGUAUUAUAUCGUUAUCAUACUUAUAAUAUUUGUUUUAAUUGAUAUAAUGACCUUUUAUAUUGAUAGCAAACACGAAGCAAGAAAUUAAAAAAAAAAAAUCAAAAUUUUUACUAUUUUUUUCAAAGCACGUGUAUCAUGAUGCUAAACUAAAUUAUCAACUACACCUUUACUAAAGCCACACCUACCACAAAAUUUUAAAAAAAAUUAAAAAAAUAAUAAAAAAAGACUUGAUUUUAUAGUCUUAGAUAUAUCAUAUAAAGAGAGUUAAAAUUAACGAUUUGCGAAAAAAUAAAGAGAUAAUUCUUCUUAAACGGAUUAAAAAAAGUAAAAUAAAUAAAUUAAAAGAAAGAGAAUAUUAUAUAUAGUGUAUAGAUACUCUUUUUGUCAUGUUGCAUUAUUCGAAAGUCAAUUUGAUUAAUUUUAAAAGUUAAAUUAUAUUACAUUAAUUCGAUAUUUUAGACAAAAAAUUUAGAUAUUCAAAAAGUAUAUGAAAAGUACUAUAAAUUGCAUUUUUUGUACAUCAAUAUGAUGGAAAAAUACAUCUUAAAAUCUUAGUAAAAGAAUUCUUAUAGUUUGACUAUAAAUAUAGAAAUCAUGACAAACAACUAUGGACGGAGAGAGUAGGACCAAAUAAAAUAUCUAAUUGUUUUUCUUUCUAGCCACAUAAAUUUAGAUAUCCAAAAAGUAUAUGAAAAAUAUUAUAAAUUGCAUUUUUUGCACAUCAAUAUGAUGAAAAAAUAUAUCUUAAAAUCUUAGUAAAAAAAUUUUUAUAGUUUGAUUACAAAUAUAGAAAUCAUGACAAACAAUUAUGGACGGAUAGAGUAGGACCAAAUAAAAUACCUAAUUGUUUUUCUUUCUAGCCACAUAAAAAUUUAUUGAGUCAUUUAAAGAAUUUAUUUAAUUUUUUCUAUAAAUUAAUGUGAGUUUACCUACU